CAGAAACCGAACUGUGCACUAUGUGCACUGCAUCAAGUUUUUCAUGAGCAUUAUCCGCAGGUUCGUACUGUUCGCAAGAAGUUCUGCCAAUAUCUGUUGUUAUCUGUUUCCACUUGGCGGGAAGUCGUUGUUCAACUUAACCCUUCUGUCGUGCGGCUGUCACAGUUUGUCAGUUUCAUUUCAUCGUGCCACAGGUGUCAAGCGAAUAAUGAAUCGGUCGAGGAGGAAAUCUACUUUUGGCACGGGUAAUACCGCCAAACUAGGCUUUUUCCCGGUUAGAUUGGAUAUGCGCCCAGUGAGAGAAAAAUCCCCUCUUGGAACUGGAAAAUGUGGUGUCACACCGUCUCCCACCAACUUGUUAGAUGAUCCAUUACGCCCUCGUUUGGGAAUGGGUAGAUCUGGUGGAACUCCUUCUCCCACAUACUUCCUAGGAAGGCAUGACACAUCACGCCCACGCUUGGGAAUGGGAUUGACAAAUGGAAUAACUCCUAUUAGACCAGCUGAUGUGUCCUCUGCUGAAGCAAGCAUUUAUUUCUCCAUUAAGAAAUCCCAAAAGAGUCCAAAAUCCCCAAAGACUCGAAGGCGCCUCAAUCUAAAUCUAGAAGGACCCCAAAACAAUGAGGAACACAAUGGGCCGAAAUCUGUUGCCACAUCCUCCAAACCUGCUGUGAGAAGCCUCCGCAAACCUGUUGUCAGAGCUUUCCCAGAAAAGUCACGCAUACCUAAACCGCCCAGUGUGCAGAAAGGAAAACCAGUAACAAGAUCUCAGACAGCUGUUUCUUCUCAAGGGAGCUCCACAUUCCUGAGGGCCACGAACUCCAGAAAGACUAUGUUGCCAACAUCUACCAGGGCUUUUAAUGGUUUGAAAGCGAGCACUUCAGGUCAAUCUAAAGCCCAGGCCGAUGUCUUCGAGUCACAGCAGAGGGUUCUCCAGGACCUGAAGGAGGGUCUCCAGGAACAGCGGAACAUGCUUCAAGAGCAGCGAGAUAUUCUUCAAGAAAUGAAGAUGAUCAAAUCUUCUGUAGAAGAGCAAACAUCUUUACUCCAAGAACAGAAAAAUAUUCUCCAAGAAAUGAAGACAGUCAAAUCUUCUGUAGAGGAGCAAACAUCUUUGCUUUUAGAAGCUAAGGACGUUUUUUCACAGAUCCUUCAUGACCAAAGAAGCAUAUUGGAUGAACAUCGAAAGUUACUUGAUGAAGCAAAAUCCUCAUCUGUUCAUAAAUUCACUUCUGAUGAGAAAGCAGUUUCAAAUUUGUAUGCUGUUGACACAAGCAAAGAAAAUUUACCUGCUUCUGAAGCUGCCUACAGGCAAAUGAGAAGGUCUUUUCGGUGCCUUGGGACUCCAACUCUGUCAUGUAGCAGUAAGAAAGCAAGAACUCCUCAAAUUAAAACCCCCAGAACUUCUCUCUCAAACAAGGUACGAGCCCAGCUACAUAAUCUUCUGGAUUCUUAAACAUCAUAUAUUUUGGCAUUUCUAAAAACUGUUAGUGUUCAAUUACCUUUUGUUUGUAAGCAUAGUAUAUUUUAAAAUUAUGAUUUUUGAUUGUGUAUUAUUUUAUUUACCUGCACAAAUGGUCUAGUCUUAUAUUUUUCAAUUUUAUAUAGCAGCCAAUAAAUGGUACAAAAUUCACAAUUGUGGCGCAAGCAAAAUUU